AUGCAGCUAGCCGGGUGUUGGUGCUUGCUACAGCUGGUCUCUGGCGUCAACCUGGAGGAAUGGCUGCCCCUCUCGAGCAGCCCACGCGUGUUUGUGAGAGACAACUUCCUCAACAAGGCAGAGUGCGAUCAUUUGAGGACAUUGGCUUUGCAAUCGGGCCGGUUCAGAAGCGCCUUCGUGUCUAAUGACGCGAGAUCCUCGAACGCGGGACAAGCUUUUCACAGGGAUGCCCAGAUUCGAGGCAACACGCACUUGUACCUGGAAAGUGAGGAUGAGGCUGCUUCUUCGACCCUUCAGGACGUGCUGGAGCGCAUGCACCUGGCGGCACGCAUGCCCCCCGACUCUGGUGAGAAGCUACAGAUUGCCCGGUACCGCCCGGGAGAGCGCUACGAGAUGCACCACGACUCGGGCCCGGAAGUGGGCUUGGCACGGCCGGCAACCCUGAUUGUCUACCUCAACGAUGUUGAAGCAGGGGGCGAAACCAUCUUUCCCCUGAGUCGUGAAGUGCUGCUGCAGUGCCGCCCUGUGCAUCACGCAGAUGCCGAUGGGCAUUCCCGGUUCGGCAUUGAGAACUGCUGCAACCUGCGGCUGCCGGAGCUGCUACGUGUGGCCCCACGAGAGGGGCGCGCGGUGCUGUUCUUCAACCACCAUCUCCUUGGGGAGAAGGAUGUUCGAGCGGUACAUGCUUCCUGCCCUGUACUCUCCGGUGAGAAGUGGCUCGCGCAGCGUUGGUUCCGCUUUGAGUCUCACUUCGGGACCGCCUCCGCUUCUAACAUGGCGAGCAAGGCCUUGUGCCUGGACCGAAGGUGCUCCGCAGACGGCGAACGCGAACAGGGCGGCAUUCUGACCACCAUGCUCCGUGCCAGGCCGCGAGUUUACAUGUUUGAUCACGCUCUUACACCCGACGAGAAUUCACGCCUCUCAAGCUGGGCUGCCUCAAUGCAACCUCCAGUAGCCCCAGGACAGAUGCUGGAGGUCCCCCAGACGACUGGGCACCAGGAUCAGGUGCUUCUGGAGCAGCUGAGGAAGAGGAUGCAUGAGCUGGCUCGGGUUCCGUACGCCGACCCCUACGAGGCAAGCGUGACACUCACACGCAGUCGCGCAGAGGGUCUCCCAGCUUUGGAGGUGGAUCACUCCAGCGAGCCUCUGGUGAUGGUUCUUUUCCUGCACGAAAACACAAGCACUGGGACAUCGGAGUCAGACGCUGUUGGCCAGAGGCCGGGCUCCCUUGUCCUACCUUUGGGGAUUUGCGCAACACCGGCCGAGUGCUGCGGAGCUGCGGGUGCAAGGAUGCAACCAGGACCGCUGCAAGUCCUUCCCAAGGCUGGGCGCGCUGUUCUCGUUGCCUUGCGCCGCCUGGAUGGUGCGCCAGAUGCCUUGGCAUCUCUUGGGGCACCUAGGUCCAGUUUCGUGAAAAUGGACCAAAACUGGAUCGAAACUGGGCCGAAACUGGACCAAAACUGGAUCGCCACCAUCUGUUGUUUUGCAAGAGAUGUAUGA